AUGGAAUUAUCUGUGUCAGGUUUGCUAUGCGAACCAGUUUCUCCUCCAACUAAUGACCAAUGCAACGAAGAAAGUGAUGGGAAAAUUUUAAAUGAAAAUUUAAUGUCAGACGACAUCUAUAAUAAUAAUAAUCAUAAUAACAAUCAUAAUCAUAAUUUUGAUAAUAAUUAUAAUUUAGAAAAAUCAGAAACAUGUCAAAGGCAAUUCAAGCCUAGCCCACCUCAUUCAAACUCAACUGGUGAACCACAUAGUAGCAAUAUUUUUGAUAAAAAAUACUAUAGUAAUAUCAUCAAUGAAGACAGUAUUAAUACUACUACUACUACUACAAAUGUUAUUUUUAAUGAUGAAAAGUUUAAUUCAGAAUCUAGUAAAAAUCUCUCUCUAGAAAAUCUCAACAAAUAUUUUUGUGCUAGUAGAUCUGCCACUAAUAAAAGGAAGUUUGAUGAUGAAAGUUGUAACUUUGAUAGCAAUCAGAAACUCUGCAAUAAUAAUAAUAAUAAUAAUAAUAAUAAUAAUAAUAAUAGUUUAAAUGAAAAUAGUAAUAAUAACUUAAAUAAUAAUGAUGAUCAAAGAAACAUCUCAAACAGAAAUAAAUAUUAUGAAGAUUUAAAAGGUCUUUUCAAUAAAUUUAAAGAGCAUGUAAAAAAGUAUGAUGUUAAAAAAAAAGAUUUGUUAUCUAAUUCUAUUUUUGAAAAAAGCAAAUCCCUAAGUCCCGAGGACCUUCUAAACGGUGGCAGUAGAAACAACGAAAUGCAGUCAGAUUUGAACGAUGUUCUUCAUUCACCCACUGAUUAUGAAAGGUCUAAAUAUAAAAUUGUUUGCAAAAAAAGAAAAUUAAACGAGGAUGAUGGUAUUAAUAAUCGGCCGAAGAACCCAGCAAGUUAUUUUAGCCAGAGUGUUAGCUGUAAUGAUGUUCAUCAUAGAUCUCAGUCAUUCAACGAAUGCAUAGAAUCGAUAAUUAUGGAACACCAAAAUAAAAAAUUAAAAAGAGCUAACGUACAUGAUGAUGCGACAAUUGAUUUAGACCAUAUACCAUUCAUUGAUAGUCCUUUCAAUGCUACUACUAACACAAACAACUCCGUUAAUGAUAAUGAUAAUAAUGAUAAUAAUGAUGAUAAUAAUGAUUAUGAUCCUUUCAGCUGUGAAAAUAUUGAAGAUGAUAAUUGUUUGAGUGAUGUUAAACUCUGCAGUGACCAUGAUGGAGAUAAUAACAAUAAUAACGUGAUUGAUGAUAAUGAUUAUGGUGGUGAUGAUAAGAAUGAUGACGAUGAUAAGAAUGAUGAUGACGAUGAUAAGAAUGAUGAUGAUGAUAAGAAUGAUGAUGAUGAUAAGAAUGAUGAUGUGAUUAACUACGCAUAUGUUAAUGUCACCGCUAAUGACAAUGAUGAUAACGAUGAGGAUGGUGUUGGAGAUAAUGAUGAUGAUGGUGGUGGUGGUGAUGAUGAUGGUGUUGGUGAUGGCGAUAAUGAUAAUGAUGACUCUGAGGUGUACGAUCCCGAGAGGUGUGAUUACUACGAUAGAGAUGCUGAUGAUGAAAAUGCCGACAACAACAAUAAUAAUAAUAGCAAGGGAGAACAGGAAGAUGAGGAAGAGGAAGUGUAUUCGCCAUCAUCUCAACCACCCUCGCCCCUGGGUUCGCCAAUUUUUACCCCCAAAUCACCACUUCCCAAUCCAAAUAUUGAUGAUGAUAUCGUUGAUGAUGAUGGUGGUGGCGGGGGUAGGGGUGCUAAUAAUGCAGUUAACGGUAAUAAUAACAAUAAUCUGUCGUCAAAUACAUCUAGCAUGAAUGACAUAACAAAACUACUGCUACAAAACCUCUCAACCAAUCAGGGCGUGGAUAUUUUUAGACAGCUGAUUGACAAGAACCAAUCACUGCAGCUUCCUUCUCCAUCUCUUAACAUUCUCAACCAGCCAAUCAGCUUGCUCUCAUCGUUGACGAGUUUAACUUGCCCCGCCAAUCCAAUUCUUCAGCCAUUGAAUCUUUUCAAUCUGACCUCAUUAAUGAACCAAUCACAUUCCUUGUUAAAUGUGUCAGCCAGUGGAGAUGGGUGUAGAUCGCGUCUGGAAAUUCCAAAAGUUAUAAAUAAAAAAUUGUCUUCGUCGUCGCCAUUUGACGUGAAUGCGAUGUCACCAACGAGCAAUGACUCUCUCUCAUUUUCACCACCAUCUUUCAAUCAUCAUGGCAACAACUCAGCUUCUUGUAAGAUUUCAUUUCCGCCGAAGAUCAUAGACAACCUGCAUGCUGACAAAGAUAGUGGUAAGAGCAAACCCGAUGAAAGAAUAAACGCCUCCAAUAGAAAAGAGUUACAGGCUGAGAUAGUUUCCUACAUAAAAAAUCUCUUGAGACCAGCCUACAUGAAGGGUAAAAUAAGCAAGAGUGAAUACAAAGACAUAUUGAGGAAGGCUGUCCCAAAGAUAUGCCACACAAACAAGCUGAGCUACAACAAGAACAAGAUUGAGACAUACAUCGAGGCAUACAUCAAGAAGAGAAAUCCUAAUUCAUUCCGAACGUUGGUCGGUUCGGAGAGAGAAAAAGUUUAUUUAAUCGUCGAAAGAGUUGAAAAUGAAACGAUUUGGUAG